AUGAAUGAACACAAUCGUCUGCCAUUGUCGCAGACGGCAGUCGCGGCCCAGGCCAACAACAAUAACAACCUCAAGUCGAGCGUCCAGGCGGCCGCCACUGCGCCAUGUACGCCACCUUCGGCGGCGCCGCAGCCGCCGGUGACGACGAUACCGGAGAUGUGCGGAACCGUCGCCACUUUUCCGGCGAAGUGCGAAAAAAUGGUCGCCGUCGCCGAAAAAGCGACCGCGAUCACGGCCAGGGAGAUCGCGAUAUUGCACAAGUCGAAUCGGGGAUUGGAGGCUUUGGGAGUACUUGUGCAGUACUUGGUUUAUGAUUUGGAUGCAUUUGCCUGUCCAUCUCUAAAAAGAGCCCAAAGAUCAACUGGCAUUUCGCUGAUGGAAGCCAGAACCAACUGCGCCAGAUUGGAGCAACAAUUGGCUGAUCAGAUUUUGAGACAUGCUAGGGAUGUUUCUGAAAAAGAUCGUUUACUAUUAGUGGCUGGUGAAAGGGCUGAAGAACGUUCCCGCACCCUGGAAGGAAUUAUAACUGAAUUAACUAGAGAGCGCGACAACGCUUAUGAACAAAUUAUGCAAAUGAAAAAAUCUCAUGCUGAACAGUUUGAAAGUAUUCAGGCUGAAUUUAAUUUAGAAAAAUCUGAAACUGCUGGCGAAAUUGCCUUUUUGCGCCAAACCAUCGAAGAACGUUGCUCCGAAGUCAGAGAAAACCGUAAGAAAUUGGAUGAGCAGGUGGCAUUAUUGGAAGAUGAACGAAAUAGGUGUGAGGAAGACAGGUGUAUGUAUGAGAAAGAAUUGAUGAAACUCCAACAAUCUUUGUCUGAAUCUGAAAAUGCAGCUAAAUCCGCAGAGCGUGAUGCUGAAAAAUGGAGAAUUGAAUCCAAAACCAUACGUGUAGAACUAGAAAACAAACUGGAAUUAUUGCAACAUGAAUUAAUAGCACUCAGAAAUAAGAACGCCGAAAAUGAGUUCAAUGGUCCACGAACAGAGACCAAUAUUCUGAAAGAUGAAGUCGAAUCAUUGCGCAAUGUAUUGGAAUUGAAACAAAGUGAAUUAAGUGAACUGCGUAAACGUAAUUUAGAAUUAAAUAGAGCUGCUGAACAAUUGCCAGCUACACAAGCCAAAGUACAAAUGCUUGAAGCCAGAGUCGAAGAUUUGCAAGUGCAACUGCAACGCAAAAUGGAAGAUGAAAAAGAAUUGCAUCAACGCAACAAAUUGUUGGAAGAAUCUUUCCACCAAGAAGCUAAGCAAAAGACUCGUCUAUCGCAAUAUAAUGAAGAACUUCAGUACAGAUUGAAACAAAAUCAUGAAGUUGUUAAUGUCCUCGCAGCAAUGACUGGAACUACUCCUGAAGCUGCACUUAGCCCUAGAAAAGUCCUGGACUACAACGGUUUAAGUAAUAAUAAUAGUUUCUACAAUGAUUCGGGUUCAACACCUAAUUUUGUUAGAUCACACUCUCGCAAUGGAUCGAAUGGUGGACGAAUGAGUUUCAAUGAGCGCUAUGGUUCAUCAGAACGAUCAUCUAUAAAAUUGGAACGUAAACACAGCUUCCGUGAAAAGCCAGACAAAUACCGUACUUCUUCGAUUACUGUCGAUCGUCAACUCAGUAACGGCAGUAGUCCAUCUCAUACUAAUCCUAGAGCUUACGACCGUCACAAUUCAUCUCCUGCUCACGAUUCAUCAGGCCAAUCAUCUGACACUAGCUUCGAAGGCAAACCACACAACAAAUCUCAAGAUUGUUGUUUCGAAAUGGAAGACUUAUCGCCUCCGGCUUCGCCUCAAAUCAAGGCAGUCGUUGAAAAAAGUGAUUCCGUCAGUUGGGUUUUAGAAAUCGCAGAGCCACCAGAGAUUGUUGCUUCUAGACUUGUUAGACGUGCCGGAUCAUUCAGGAAUUCUACACCACCUCCUAAGAAAAACACGUCUUCGCCGAGUCAUCAAAGUCAACAGCAAUCACCGCCGCUUUUGAAGCGACCACGGUGUAAUACAGGAUUGACCCAAAGGGUUGUUUUAAACAAUGAAAUCGCACGCCAAAAUUCAGAUCCUACAAGUGCUAGAUCGAGAUCUAAUAGUAUAACAAAACUCACCAGAUCAGCGUCAAUGGGUUGCGCAGCAUUAAAUGAUUCUAUAGUAGCUGACUGGUCAAAUUGUGGCGGUAGCAGUACUCCGUACAAAUCGAAGCAAGAUUCGCCGAGUUUCCGCCAAAAUGGUGAGAAAGAAUCUCAAAUUUUAAUAACUUGUGAUACUACAGUUUUGACCUCAAGAUGUGAUGAACUGUGCCCAACUUUGCCAGCACAUAGAAGCAUUAUUUCCAACCAACGUGCCGAUAGUCCUGAUAGCAGUGUUUCCGAUGAUUCUGAAAAUUCUGUGGAUGACUGCGACAAAAAAUCAGAUGAAAAUCGAAUGGAUGGAAGCUGGUCAGAAGACGGGGAUACGGACAUAUGACUGCUAGAUUGCUUUUAAGUUUAUUUAUAAAUAUUUUUUUUAUUUAUUCACACAAUAUUUUCUAUGUUCUCAAGUCUUAAACUUUGAUGUUAUUUUAUCAUUUGCGAGUAUCAUCAUUUCCUCAUGUUAUUUUUUUAAAUCUUUUACUAAGAUAUAGUUGGAACUAUAUUCUUGAGAUUUUAAGAUUGUGUCUUCUAGUCGAACUUUGUGUACGUCGAGAGAAAAAUGAUUAUGUGCAACGUUUAAGUAAACUUAUUUUUGCAAAGUGGUGAAAAAUGUCUGACUAAUAAUUGAGUGAUGAAAACAAAUAAUUUGUGGACCAUUUUAUAUCUUAUGGAUUUUUAAUAUUAAGAGAGUAUUUAUCGCACUAUAUUUUGUGUAUGAAGAAGCUACUAAGUUCGUUCGCAAGUAAUAGUGUAAAUGUACAUAGUUAAAGUUUAUAUCAAAAAUUUGUUUUAAAAGUUUUUUGGUAUAGAUAUAUAUUAUAAAAUAAU